AACAACCUAAGCACUUCAGCGAGAAAAGAAGGCCAGCUGUUCUGCAAGCCUAAAACGGAUUCCCGAGUUCCGUUAUAGCCAGUUUAUUUUGAAGAUUGACUUCGUGACUUGGUGCAUUAAGCAUGAAUUACUCACGUUUCAUUACUGCAGUAAGUGCAGCAAGACAAGCAUCUCCAAUAAGAGUUCUCACUGAAUUGAUGCAGCAAUCUCCCCCAUCAUUAAUUUCUCUGGCUGGAGGAGCACCAAAUUCCAACAUGUUUCCUUUCAGAACUGCUACCAUUAUCAUUAAAGAUGAAACAAGAGUUGAAAUCAAGGAAGAGCUGAUGAAGAGAGCUCUCCAGUAUUCUGCUUCAGCAGGCAUUCCAGAACUGUUGUCCUGGCUGAAGGAUUUGCAGAAGACUGUCCAUAACCCUCCAACAGUUGACUACAGUCCUCAGGAAGGACAAAUGGAAAUGUGUAUCACUACUGGAAGCCAAGAAGGGCUAUGUAAAGUGUUUGAAAUGCUUAUUAAUCCUGGAGAUAACAUUCUUUUGGAUGCCCCCACUUAUCCUGGGACGAUAGCUGCUCUUAGACCGCUGGGUUGUAACAUCAUCAAUGUGCCCAGUGACCAGCAUGGUAUGAUUCCAAAAGCUUUGAAAGAAGUUCUUUCCAGGUGGAAUCCAGAAGAUGUAAAAAAGCUCAGGAAUGAUACCCCAAAAUUUCUAUACACAAUUCCUAAUGGUGGCAAUCCAACAGGAGCCUCACUGACAACAGAACGCAAGAAAGAGAUCUAUCAGCUUGCAAGACAAUAUGAUUUCCUUAUAAUAGAAGAUGAUCCAUAUUAUUUCCUUCAAUUUAACAAGCCUUGGGCACCAACCUUUCUUUCAAUGGACAUUGAUGGGCGAGUUAUCAGGACUGACUCCUUUUCUAAGAUCCUCUCAUCUGGGCUAAGAAUUGGAUUUCUAACUGGUCCUAAGCCAUUAAUUGAUAGAGUUAUUCUACAUAUACAGGUUUCUACAAUGCACACCAGUACCUUCACCCAGAUUAUGAUAGCCCAGCUUCUUCAACAAUGGGGACAGAAGGGUUUCCUAGACCAUGUAGAGAGUGUGGUGGAUUUUUACAAAAAACGGCGCGAUGUGAUGCUUAAUGCAGCAGAUACAUGGCUAAAAGGUCUGGCAGACUGGCAUAUCCCUGCUGCUGGAAUGUUUCUAUGGAUUAAGAUUAAGGGAGUUCCUGAUACCCAAGAAUUGAUCAUGAAAAAAGCUUUGGAGAAACAAGUGUUGCUUGUCCCUGGAUGUUCAUUUAACAUUAACAGUUCUGAUCCCAGCUCUCAUGUCAGAGCCUCCUUCUCUCUCUCUUCUCCAAGUCAGAUUGAUCAGGGUUUCCAAAGAUUGGCUGACAUCAUUAAAGAAGCUGUAUGAUUUUAUUAAAUGAAAAAUCCUUAAGAAGAAAAAUAUGUUUUUCCAGCUGUAUAGAAUAUACAAUGAUAUAGAAUAUAAGUGAUAAAGAAUUUUAUGCACUUUUAAAAUGUACAUUAACAUCUGAAAACAUUAUAUGAAUAUGUGCAAAACUUACUUAUUAAUUAGGUUGCCACAAAAACUUUACUCAGGGUGAAAUCUUUUACCACCAAAGUUUUUAAUACUUUUCAGAUUUCACAGGGAUGCUGUUGUUUUAUCUUAGUAUUCUUCCCGAAGGUAAGCAUUAUACAUUUCAGAAUCAGGCAUAUUUGUGUGGAAUUGGUUUAAUUUCUGUUUCUUUUAAUAAUGUUCUAUAUCUUCUAAUACUUGUCAUGAUUCAUUCAGAAAUUCUUUAAGUCUAUUGCAUGUUUUGUAUUUGCUUUGAAGUUUAAAACAAAACUAAGUGGGAAAAAGUUUUCUGCAAAUGGAAAUUUAAACUCAAGGAAACCACAUUUCUACAGGUAAGAAUGAGCAGAAUUUGAGAAUAGACUCUCUAAUAUGAGCAACUUUAUUUUUUGGCCCAUAUAAAUUAAAUAUUCCAUUCUAUAAUGCUGUGUAUCUCUUAUAAAUUAAAACUAUAUUUGAUGUCAUCAUAGAGAUUCUUUCACAGCAAAGUUUUCUAUGGAAAUCCUGAUCUCCUAUACUUAAAAUUUUGGAUUAAGAAAACAGACCUUCAUAAUAAAUUUCAGUGUGUAAAACCAGGAAAAUUUAUAUAUUUUUUAAAAAUGCUAUUUAGAUUUUUCUGAGUUUCAUCCCACACAGUCAACUAUAAGAUUCCCAUCAUCUAGUUUAGAAAAACAAACACCUAUAUCGAUAAAUAACAUUCUGUCUAUUUCUUCUGAGAGUAGACAGCUUUAUUUUCAGGAUGCAUAUUUUAAAUACUCAAUAAUUGAAUUAUAGAAGUGAGAUCAUGUAAUACUUAUGAAAAGAGAAAUACUUCCUCCGCCUGGUUAUUGGCCAAGCAAAACAAGUUGUCAAGCUACAAAGAUUUAUUUUAUUUGGACUGCCAUAUUGCUUCUAGCUUGUCUACAGUUGCAAGGGCGGGGAGCUUGGGAUCAAACAGGUGUUCCCUAUCAGUGUGAGAGCCGAAGCUGCUGAAGAAAUGUGUUGGCCAGCUGAAGGUUUCUUCUCUCAUAACAACUGCUGGAAGAUUAAUUGGACAGUGUGACUGAACUGUCAGAGAGGGAGGGAAGGUUUUACUCUUUUAAUUAUCUGUUUCCACCAUGUUGCCUGAGCUACCUUUUCUUCUAUUUGCCAGUAUGUUAUGCCUAAUUAAAGUUAACAUUAAAGA